AUGGCGCGAACUCGCGACCGCCUCACGUCGCUCCCCGACGGCGUCCUCGCGACCUGCGUCGCCUUCCUCGGCUACGCGGGCGUCCCGCGCUUCGCCGCCGUCUCAAAACACACGAACGCCCUCACGAAGGGCCCGCUCUGCUGGCGCCUCUUCCUCGAGGACGAGUACGCCGCCGCACAGUCGGCGGAGCGGUCCAUGGCGCGGCUCCGGACGCGCGCGUCGCUGCGGUGGGGCGGCGGCACGCGGCGCGCGCGCGCGCGGCGCGAGCGCGCGGAGGCGCACCUCGACGCCGCGUCCGACGGCGCGGGCUGGGAGGCGGCCUUCCGCGACCUCGUCGGCGAGCGGCGCAGCGAGGCGCGGAGCCUCCGGCGGCGCCUCGCGCUCCUCGACCACGUCGUGGGCUGCGACGCGCCGGCGACGUGCGCCGUCGAACGCUGCGGCAAGCUGAAGCUGCUCAUCGCCCACGGCGCCUCCUGCGACGCGCGGCCCCGGGCCUGCACGAUGUGCGACCGGCUCUGGCAGCUGCUGCGCCAGCACUCGGAGCGGUGCCGGUCCGGGCCGUCGUGCCUCGUGCCGGCCUGCGGCCAGUUCAAGGACCUGCGGCGCAAGGCCGAGUUCUCGCCCGCGCUCCGCUACGUCAUCGCGCGCCUCGAGCGGCGCGCGGCGGCGGAGAGCGCCUUCGCGAGCCUGCGGCGCCACCGGACGCCGGCGGACGCGCUCCGGCGCUUGGUCGAGCGCCGCGGCCGCCGGGACGCGCUCCGCCGGCUCCGCGCGGCCGCGAGCCGCGGCGCCGCGCUCCGCGCGAUGCGCGGCGUCCUCGUCAAGCACGCGCUCAAGGACUCCCUCGCGCGCUUCGCCUAG